GUGAUCUUGCAAUCUUGCUCAUGGUAAUACAAGGUUCAUGAUUAUUGUUACAAAAUUACAAAUUAAUUUUUCUGGUAUAUCAGGUUGAUAAUCACUAAUUUUAAUAAUUUAACCCUUCAAAAAUAUUUGGAGAAAGUGCGUUACAUUCGAAAUUAUAUAUAUUGCAAAAUGACUACCAACGGCGAUAUUGAAAGUCUAGAUGCGAGCGGCAAAAUAAUAAAAAUGGAAGUCGAUUAUAGCAUAACAUGUGAUGAGAAAAUUCCGAUCUGGAAGUCGUGGGCAGCAAAUGGUAAAGUUCAAGAAGCCAUAGAUCAAUUAUUAGCCCUUGAGAAGCAAACAAGAACAGGGGCAGAUAUGGCUUCAACAGCAAGGAUCUUGGUAGCAAUUGUGCAGAUAUUCUAUGAAGCCAAAAACUGGACUGCUCUUAAUGACCAUAUAAUUCUACUGUCAAAAAGAAGAUCACAAUUGAAACAAGCAGUUGUCAAAAUGGUUCAAGAGUGUUACACUUAUGUUGAUCAAACACCAGACAAAGACACUAAAAUUAAACUAAUUGAAACAUUAAGAUCUAUAACAGAAGGUAAAAUUUACGUCGAAGUAGAAAGAGCUCGCCUUACACAUAUUCUUGCGAAGAUUCGUGAAGAGGAAGGAAAUGUCGCCGAAGCUGCAAAAAUAAUACAAGAAUUACAAGUUGAGACUUAUGGUUCGAUGGAUAAGAGGGAAAAAGUUGAACUGAUCUUGGAGCAGAUGAGACUGUGUCUGGCUAUCAAAGACUACAUACGCACUCAAAUAAUAUCCAAGAAAAUAAAUACGAAAUUCUUCGAGGAAGACAAUACACAGGAGCUGAAAGACAAGUUUUACCGCCUCAUGAUAUCUGUAGAUCAGCAUAAUGGCGCGUAUCUGUCCGUAUGCCGGCACUUCCGUGCUUUGGGAGAGGCGGGCGGUACUGACGCUCUCAUUGGUAGUGUGGUGUUCCUGAUACUGGCGCCCUACGACAACGAGCAGGCAGAUCUGACACACCGGCUUGAUGCAGACAAAGCGCUGGACAAACUUCCCGAAUAUAAGCAGUUACUGGGUCUUUUUAUCAACCCAGAAAUAAUAAGGUGGAAUACACUUUGCUCGACGUAUGAGAAAACCUUGCGAACCACUCCAUUCUUUGAUGCCUCGGAUGAAAAAGGUCAAGAGAGGUGGAAUGAUCUUAAAAACAGAGUUGUGGAACAUAACAUCCGCAUCAUGUCUAUGUAUUACACUCGUAUUACAAUGAAGAGAAUGAGCGAGCUGCUUGGACUGAGUGAGACGGAGACAGAGGAAGCACUCAGUCAGCUGGUAGUGAGUGCAGUUGUUCGUGCCAAGAUAGACCGGCCAGCUGGUGUUGUUCAUUUUAGAUUAAACAUGGACUCCUCGGACAGCCUCAAUGAAUGGUCUCAGAAUUUGAACACUCUGAUGCAACUGGUGAACAAGACGACACAUCUGAUCAACAAAGAGGAGUGUGUUCACAAACAUUUGCUGGCCACUGCUGAAUAGAUCAUUCUUAAGUUGCAAAAUAAUAUUUAAAUGUAUUUCGAUAAGUUUUUCAAUAAAUAUCCGAAGAUA